AUGGUGGCAGCAGAGGCAAAGGAGAACAGUUUCCUUAUGAGCAAGAAAUCAAGUUCUUUGCUAAAGUUGUACUCCCUUUAAUUGAUCAGUAUUUCAAAAAUCAUCGCCUGUAUUUCCUAUCUGCAGCAAGCCGGCCUCUCAGCAGUGGGGGGCAUGCCUCUAACAAGGAGAAAGAAAUGGUGACAAGCCUGGUCUGCAAACUUGGAGUUCUUGUCAGGCAUAGGAUCUCACUGUUUGGAAAUGAUGCAACUUCAAUAGUCAACUGUCUUCAUAUCCUGGGCCAGACCCUGGAUGCAAGAACAGUGAUGAAGACAGGUCUGGAGAGUGUUAAGAUGGCUCUGAGGACAUUUUUGGAUAAUGCUGCAGAAGAUCUGGAGAAGACAAUGGAAAACCUCAAGCAAGGACAGUUUACACACACAAGGAGUCAGCCGAAAGGUGUGACGCAAAUAAUCAAUUAUACCACUGUGGCUCUUCUGCCAGUGCUAUCUUCUUUAUUUGAACAUAUUGGACAGCAUCAAUUUGGAGAAGACCUGAUAUUGGAAGAUGUUCAGGUCUCUUGUUAUAGAAUACUGGCCAGUUUAUAUGCUUUGGGAACCAGCAAGAGUAUCUAUGUGGAGCGGCAGCGUUCAGCUUUAGGUGAAUGUUUAGCUGCUUUUGCUGGUGCCUUUCCUGUGGCAUUUUUGGAAACUCAUCUGAACAAGCACAACCCUUAUUCUAUUUACAACACCAAGUCUGCAAAAGACAGAGCAGGCCUCAGCUUACCAAACAGUGUAGAAGAGCUUUGCUCAAACAUUCCGUCUCUGGAGACACUGAUGGAAGAAAUUGUGGAAUUAGCUGAAUCUGGCAUCCGCUAUACCCAAAUGCCUCAUGUAAUGGAAGUAGUUUUGCCCAUGCUGUGUAGCUACAUGUCACAUUGGUGGGAACAUGGGCCAGAAAACAACCCUGACAAGACUGAAAUGUGCUGCACAGCCUUGACUUCAGAGCAUAUGAAUACCCUUCUGGGAAAUAUAUUGAAAAUCAUACACAAUAACCUAGGCAUUGAUGAAGGAGCCUGGAUGAAGAGAUUAGCAGUGUUUUCUCAGCCAAUCAUCAGCAAAGUGAAGCCCCAGCUGUUGAAAACCCAUUUUCUGCCACUGAUGGAGAAACUGAAGAAAAAAGCAGCAAUGGUUAUAUCUGAUGAAGAACACUUGAGAGCAGAAGGUAGAGGAGACAUGUCUGAGGCAGAGCUCUUAAUCCUAGAUGAGUUCACUACUCUAGCAAGGGAUCUUUAUGCCUUCUACCCAUUGCUGAUCAGAUUUGUGGAUUAUAACAGAGCAAAGUGGCUAAAAGAACCCAACCCUGAGGCUGAAGACUUGUUUCGUAUGGUUGCUGAGGUAUUCAUUUACUGGUCAAAAUCCCAUAAUUUUAAAAGGGAAGAGCAGAACUUUGUUGUGCAGAAUGAAAUUAACAACAUGUCUUUCCUUAUUACUGACACCAAGUCCAAGAUGUCCAAGGCAGCUGUCUCUGAUCAGGAAAGGAAAAAAAUGAAGCGGAAAGGUGACCGCUAUUCAACACAGACCUCUCUUAUUGUGGCAGCAUUGAAAAGACUGUUACCUGUUGGGCUAAAUAUUUGUGCACCUGGUGACCAAGAAUUAAUUUCAUUGGCAAAAAACAGAUUAAGUAUGAAAGACACAGAGGAUGAAGUUCGAGAUAUUAUUCGCAAUAACCUUCAUUUACAGGGCAAGCUUGAAGAUCCUGCCAUUAGGUGGCAGAUGGCUCUUUACAAAGAUUUACCGAACAGGACUGAAGUUACCUCAGAUCCAGAGAAAACAGUGGAACGGGUUCUGGAUAUAGCCAAUGUACUUUUUCAUCUGGAGCAGGUGGAGCAUCCGCAGAGGUCAAAAAAAGCAGUAUGGCAUAAACUUCUGUCCAAACAGAGAAAACGAGCUGUAGUAGCUUGCUUCAGAAUGGCACCACUGUAUAACCUUCCACGGCAUCGGGCUGUCAAUCUUUUUCUUCAAGGAUAUGAAAAGUCCUGGGUUGAAACAGAAGACCACUACUUUGAAGAUACAUUAAUAGAAGAUUUAGCAAAGCCUGGAGAAGAACUACCAGAUGAAGAGGAAUGCAUGAAAAGAGUUGAUCCAUUGCAUCAACUUAUUUUAUUAUUCAGUCGAACAGCAUUAACUGAAAAGUGUAAAUUGGAAGAAGAUUACCUUUAUAUGGCGUAUGCUGAUAUUAUGGCAAAGAGCUGUCAUGAUGAAGAAGAUGAUGAAGGUGAAGAGGAGGUGAAGAGUUUUGAAGUCACAGGAUCUCAACGCAGCAAGGAAAAAGAAAUGGAAAAGCAAAAGCUCCUGUACCAGCAAGCAAGACUACAUGAUCGAGGAGCGGCUGAAAUGGUCCUUCAGACAAUUAGUGCCUGCAAAGGAGAGAUGGGGCCAAUGGUUGCAGCAACAUUAAAACUUCAGAUUGCCAUCUUGAAUGGUGGAAAUUCUACUGUUCAGAAGAAAAUGCUUGACUACCUCAAAGACAAAAAGGAUGUAGGCUUCUUUCAGAGUCUUGCCGGCCUCAUGCAGUCUUGUAGUGUUCUUGAUCUAAAUGCUUUUGAACGCCAGAACAAAGCAGAAGGCCUUGGCAUGGUGACAGAAGAAGGAUCAGGAGAAAAAGUGAUGCAGGAUGAUGAAUUUACUUGUGACCUCUUCCGUUUCCUUCAGUUACUCUGUGAAGGACACAGCUCAGAUUUUCAGAAUUACUUGAGGACUCAAACUGGAAACAAUACAACUGUCAAUAUUAUCAUAUCUACUGUGGAUUAUUUAUUGAGAGUUCAGGAAUCAAUUAGUGAUUUCUAUUGGUAUUAUUCUGGAAAGGAUGUUAUUGAUGAACAAGGACAAAGGAAUUUCUCUAAAGCAAUUCAGGUUGCAAAGCAGGUCUUCAAUACUCUCACAGAAUACAUUCAGGGACCUUGUACAGGUAACCAACAGAGUCUGGCACAUAGCAGAUUGUGGGAUGCAGUGGUUGGUUUCCUUCAUGUGUUUGCCCAUAUGCAGAUGAAGUUGUCUCAGGAUUCCAGUCAAAUUGAGUUACUAAAAGAGUUGAUGGAUCUUCAGAAGGAUAUGGUGGUCAUGUUACUGUCUAUGUUAGAAGGCAAUGUUGUGAAUGGAACAAUCGGCAAACAGAUGGUUGACAUGUUAGUGGAAUCUUCCAACAACGUAGAAAUGAUUCUAAAAUUCUUUGAUAUGUUCCUAAAACUGAAGGAUUUAACUUUCUCUGAUGCAUUCAAAGAAUAUGAUCCUGAUGGCAAGGGUGUGAUUUCAAAAAGAGAUUUCCAUAAAGCAAUGGAAAGCCAUAAGCACUAUACUCAAUCUGAAACAGAGUUUCUGCUCUCCUGUGCUGAGACUGAUGAGAAUGAGACAUUAGACUAUGAGGAAUUUGUGAAACGGUUUCAUGAACCUGCGAAAGACAUUGGCUUCAAUGUUGCUGUUCUCCUGACCAACCUGUCAGAGCACAUGCCUCACGAUACCCGUUUGCAGACUUUUCUUGAACUAGCAGACAGUGUUCUGAACUACUUUCAGCCUUUCUUAGGACGCAUAGAAAUAAUGGGUAGUGCAAAGCGCAUUGAACGAGUAUAUUUUGAGAUAAGUGAAUCAAGCCGGACACAGUGGGAGAAACCUCAAGUUAAAGAGUCAAAGAGACAGUUUAUCUUUGAUGUGGUAAACGAAGGAGGGGAGAAGGAAAAAAUGGAGCUUUUUGUUAAUUUCUGCGAGGACACCAUCUUUGAAAUGCAGUUGGCUGCUCAGAUCUCAGAAUCAGAUCUGAAUGAGAGGUCUGCAAAUAAAGAAGAGAAUGAGAAUGAGAAGCGUGAGGAACAGGACCCUAGAAUGGGCUUCUUCUCUCUUUUGACUGUCAAAUCAGCAUUAGUAGCUCUCAGGUGUAACAUAAUGAUGCUGAUGAAAAUGCUAAGCAUGAAAAACAUAAAGAAGCAGAUGAAGAAAAUGAAGAAGAUGACCAUGAAAGAUAUGAUAAUGGCUUUUUUCUCCUCCUACUGGAGCAUUUUAAUGGGCUUAAUGCAUUUUAUAUCAAGUGUCUUCCGAGGUUUCUUUCAAAUCAUGUACAGUUUGCUGCUCGGAGGAAGCCUAGUAGAAGGGGCUAAAAAAAUUAAGGUGGCUGAACUUCUAGCUAAUAUGCCAGACCCAACUCAGGAUGAGGUGCGUGGCGAAGGGGAAGAAGUAGAAAGGAAGCCAGCAGAAGCUGCCUUGCCUGCAGAAGAUCUAGCCGACCUGAAAGCCUUGUCAGAAGAGGGUGACCUCCUGUCAGACAUAUUUGGCUUGGAUUUGAAACGAGAAGGAGGACAGUAUAAACUAAUUCCACAUAACCCAAAUGCUGGCCUGAGUGAUUUGCUGAGCAGCCCUUCUUUACCCCCUUUACCUGAAGUACAAGAAAAAAUACAGGAGCAGCAGGUGAAGGAAGACGAGAAGGAUGAGAAAGAAGAAACUAAAUCUGAACCCGAGAAAGCUGAAGGAGAGGAUGGAGAAAAAGAAGACAAAGACAAAGAAGACAAAGCAAAACAGAAACCGAGACAUCAUCAUAAACACAGGCAUGGUGAACCAGAAACCCAGGAGUCGGCUUUCUGGAAGAAAAUUAUUGCGUAUCAACAGAAACUACUUAACUAUUUUGCUCGGAAUUUUUACAAUAUGAGGAUGUUGGCUUUGUUUGUUGCAUUUGCCAUCAACUUCAUUCUACUCUUCUAUAAGGUGUCUACAUCUGCAGUAGCUGAAGAAAAGGAGGUUCCUGUUGUGAAUACUGUUGAAAACUUCAAGUUAAGCAGCCUAGAAAGUACUUCUCAUAGAAUCAUCACUGUCCAUUAUGUCCUCGAAGAAAGUAGUGGCUAUAUGGAACCUACACUUCGCAUUUUGGCCAUUCUUCACACAGUCAUCUCUUUCUUCUGCAUCAUUGGGUAUUACUGUUUGAAAGUUCCGCUUGUUAUAUUUAAGCGAGAAAAAGAAGUUGCAAGAAAAUUGGAAUUUGAUGGUUUAUAUAUUACAGAACAGCCUUCGGAAGAUGAUAUAAAAGGGCAGUGGGAUAGACUUGUUAUCAACACACAGUCAUUUCCUAACAACUAUUGGGACAAGUUUGUGAAAAGAAAGGUUAUGGAUAAAUAUGGAGAGUUCUAUGGCAAGGACAGAAUCAGUGAAUUACUGGGAAUGGACAAAGCCGCUCUGGAUUUCAGUGAUGCACGAGAAAAAAAGAAACCCAAAAAAGAUAGCUCUUUAUCUGCUGUGCUGAAUUCGGUUGAUGUAAAGUAUCAGAUGUGGAAAUUAGGAGUUGUUUUCACUGAUAAUUCUUUUCUUUACCUGGCUUGGUAUAUGACCAUGUCAAUCCUUGGUCACUACAACAACUUUUUCUUUGCUGCUCAUCUCCUUGACAUAGCAAUGGGGUUCAAAACACUGCGGACUAUACUGUCAUCAGUAACCCACAAUGGGAAACAGCUUGUGCUAACAGUGGGAUUAUUGGCAGUUGUAGUUUACCUAUACACUGUAGUUGCAUUCAAUUUUUUCCGCAAGUUCUACAAUAAGAGUGAAGAUGGAGAUAUGCCAGAUAUGAAAUGUGAUGACAUGCUAACGUGCUACAUGUUUCAUAUGUAUGUGGGAGUACGUGCUGGUGGAGGAAUUGGUGAUGAAAUUGAAGAUCCAGCAGGAGAUGAAUAUGAAAUUUAUCGGAUCAUCUUUGAUAUUACUUUUUUCUUCUUUGUAAUUGUUAUUUUGCUAGCUAUCAUACAAGGUUUAAUUAUUGAUGCUUUUGGAGAGUUAAGAGAUCAGCAAGAACAAGUUAAAGAAGACAUGGAGACCAAAUGCUUCAUCUGUGGGAUAGGUAAUGAUUACUUUGACACAGUGCCCCAUGGCUUUGAAACACAUACUCUACAGGAGCACAACUUGGCUAACUAUCUAUUUUUCCUGAUGUAUCUCAUUAAUAAAGAUGAAACAGAGCACACUGGGCAGGAAUCCUAUGUAUGGAAAAUGUAUCAGGAACGAUGCUGGGAAUUUUUCCCUGCUGGCGAUUGCUUUCGAAAGCAGUACGAAGACCAGCUUAACUAAAGAGAUGACAACGGGCUCUUGAGAAACCAUCCACACCUCUCCUAAUUCCUUUGGGAAUGUCUACCCAGUUCCCUGGACCUAUUGAGCAGUGUGCCAUUUGGAGCACCAAAGCUUUUUUUGAUGACUCAGCUGUCCUUUUUUCUUCUGUGUUUGCUUUGAGAACAAUGAAAACUUUAAGAACUCUGGAAAGAGAAUAGAAAAAAAAAAAUCCCACACAACAA